AUGUCGCGCAGCUUCCUCGUGGACUCCUUGAUUGGCAACAACACGCCACCUGCGUACCCGUUGCCCUACUACGGGAACCAAUUGCCUAGCUAUAUGUUCAACUUCUUCAAUCUCGGAUUGGGUUAUCAACCCAUCAGGCCUGUCCCAAGGCCGCCCGCCAUGCCUGUCCCGGUUCCUAUCAGCCCUCCGGCUUUGGGGAGCUUGCCUCUACUUGGACAGAGCCCUCCGUCGCCCUUGAACACCUCCGCCAGCAGACUGUCAGAUAUCUCAGCGCCGAGCGAGUCGCCGUCGCGCAACAGCACCCCAACACCGCCGCCAAAGUCGCCGGUUUCCAUGACCAGCAGCUCCAAGAGGAUCCGCACAGCGUUCACGAGCACCCAGCUGUUGGAGCUGGAGCGAGAAUUCUCGUCGAACAUGUACCUGUCGCGACUCAGGCGGAUCGAGAUAGCGACGAACCUGAGAUUAUCCGAGAAGCAGGUGAAGAUCUGGUUCCAGAACCGCAGGGUGAAGUACAAGAAGGAGGAUCUGCCCUCCGGCCAGAGUCCCAAGUGUUGUUGUCUGAGGACUUGCGGGAAGAAGAAGGAGGGCUGCGCGGAGGAUUCGAGCAGAAAAUGCGAGGAGGAGGACGCUGGGAGGUCGCUGAGGAAAGAAAAGACGGAGGUGCUCGAAAAUCCUGCGGAAGCUGGCCAAGAGGAACCCUCGAACCCGAUGUUCGAUCGUUUCGAGAAGUCGAUGGCGUAUCAGGCGGAAAAUUCGCAGUUUCGACGGAACACGGAGGAGGAAUUGAAUCGAUCCAGGGUCAGCCCGAUGCCUGAUCGGCCUGGCUAUGAGAAGGAUGCGCGCAAUUUGUCCAGAGCCUCGAAAAGGGCCAAUGGCGAUCUUCGAGAUCCGAUGGACGACAAAAGGAGACGGGUGGAAGAGACGUACGCUUAUCGGAACGCGAUUCAGGAGGGCGGCGUCAGUCCGGUCUUCAGGAGCAUGGAAUGCACCAAGCACACUGUGGAAAGAAUCGUCAAUUCGUAG